UAUUGUAUUAAAAUGACCGAAAGCAACAGUGAGACUACUAAAGCGUUUUUUAUGUUCGAAUAAAAGUCUCUGCUGAGCAGAUUCACUCCGAAAACCUUUUGAACCUAAACUACGAAGAAAACAUGAACCCAAAACAAAAAUAACAGCUCAUUAGAAAGUAAAAGACUGCAAUAACUCUGGGUCCACUGCGUGUUAUCUUAAUCCCUGCCUCAAUCCCACAGCCGCUCUUUAUGAGCGUGGUCGAGUGAGUCACUCAGCUCCUCAUCAAACAAAAAGCUGCUCUAUUGGCGGCCACCAUCAGCCAGCCGUCCUAUAAUCCGGCACAGUUACAUAAAACAGGCCUCCAACCCCAACGUCACACGGAGAGGUAACUAUACGCGAAGCUUGGCAGUCUUUUUUGUGUGGCUCUUUGGCUUCUCCUGGACGCAGAAGGAGCAGGUGUUUCUAGGUGUCAUGAUUGUGUUAGUAGACUUGCUGCUGAUGCUAGUCGACCUAACCGGUUCUAUUCUGAGCGCCAUCCUGCAAACUUUCCUCCGGCCGAGGCUUAAAUGCAUCGAUGGGGAGCUGUGUUUGAUCACGGGAGCCGGGGGCGCGCUGGGUCGCCUGUUCGCCCUGGAGUUUGCCAAAGAGGGGGCGCACCUGGUGUUGUGGGACUGCAACGCGGCUGCCAACGAGCAGACUGCCAGGCUGGUGCGGGAACUGGGCGUCCGGGUGCACACCUACACGGUGGACCUGUCCAAGCGUCAGAGCAUUUACGAGACGGCCAACAGAGUGAGAACUGAGGUCGGGCAUGUCUCCAUACUGGUCAACAACGCAGGCGUAGUGGCUGGACGGAGGCUGCUGGACUGUCCGGACGAGCUUUUGGAGAGGACUCUGCUGGUGAACUGCCACGCGCUUUUCUGGAUGACGAAGGCGUUCCUGCCUCGGAUGAAAGAACAAAACCACGGCCACAUCGUGACCGUUGCCAGUGCACUUGGACUGUUCAGCACCGCCUGUGUUGAGGAUUACUGUGCUAGUAAAUUUGGAGCUGUUGGAUUCCACGAGUCACUGACACAUGAGUUGAUAGCAGAAGACCUGAAUGGCAUCAAAACCACUUUAGUGUGUCCUUAUAUUGUAGACACAGGGAUGUUCGCAGGCUGUGAAAUCAGGAAAGAGCUUCGCAGCAUAAUUCCACCCCUUGAGCCUCUCUACACUGUGCAGCAGUCUAUGAAAGCCAUCCUAGCAGAACAGCAGAUGAUCUGCAUUCCUCGUCUUAUGUACAUCCCCUUUCUUGCAAGAGCCUUACUACCUUGGGAGGCAAAUGUUGCCACAUAUCGCUUCAUGGGAGGUGACAAGUGCAUGCUACCAUUCAUCAAGAACAUUGAAAUGAAGACCUCCAACGGCCAUACCAAAUUGUGCUAAUGUUCCUGAAGGCGUCUCUAUAACAUUCUGUGUAAAUCUGCGUAAGUUCAUUUUUUCCAGGACUUCCCAAAUGCAAUAUUGUAUUAAGCAAUUUGUCAUGAAUGCUGAGCUGCUUAAGUAUCCGCUGCUGAUGUUAAAGGUCCUCACAAAUGAAAUAAAAACAAUUCACAACCAUAUGGAUAGAAUAACCAGAGCGACUGCAGUGAUAACAGAUCCAUACAAGUGCCUCUUUUUAUUCACAUUAACAAACAGUGCGGGAACAAAAA